AUGGAGGUCCUUGCGAGUUCUUCAUUAUCCCCAAUUUUUUUUACUAAGCACAACAAAAUAAACCCUAAUUUCUCAAUCCAGGUGAAACUGUGGGUAUCUCAGCCUCCAAAGAUUUCGAAAGCUUGCAACUUUAGAUAUGCUCGAAAUCGAAGUAACAAACCAAACAGCAAUGCAAACCCAGGACUCGUGUUCGUCUGCAACAGAUUUCUGUGUCUUGUCGAAAGAAAUGAUCAUAGGAAGGUGAUGGUGAAAUCUUCAGUGAAUUUCAGAAAGAAAGUCUCCGUCGCAUUAGUUCGGCUAGUUUCUGUUCUUCUCGUCUCCUCCAUUUCCGUUGUUACCACUGAUUCACCAUCAUGGGGUCUUAGUGAAGAGAAUCUUCUCUUCUUAGAAGCUUGGAGAACAAUUGAUCGUGCGUAUAUAGAUAAGACCUUCAAUGGACAAAGCUGGUUUCGUUACAGAGAGACUGCUCUACGAAAUGAGCCUAUGAACACUCGAGAAGAGACAUACAUGGCUAUCAAGAAGAUGAUUGCAACAUUGGAUGAUCCUUUUACACGGUUCUUGGAGCCAGGGAAGUUUCAGAGUUUGAGGUCUGGAACUCAAGGGGCGGUGACAGGUGUCGGGCUGUCGAUAGGUUACCCUGCAGGAUCAGAUGGAUCACAGGCCGGGCUUGUCGUGAUAUCAGCUGCUCCAGGAGGUCCUGCAAAUAGAGCCGGAGUUUCACCUGGCGAUGUUAUCUUAGGAAUUGAUAAUACAACCACAGAAACUCUGACCAUUUACGACGCUGCACAGAUGUUGCAGGGGCCUGAAGGAAGUACAGUGGAGCUAGCGAUUCGUAGUGGACCUGAAACGAGAUUCUUAUCUUUGACGCGAGAGAGGGUUUCUGUGAAUCCGGUGAAGUCAAGGUUAUGUGAGAUUCCUGGUUCUGGGAGUAAUUCACCUAAGAUUGGUUAUAUCAAGCUAACAACAUUCAAUCAAAAUGCUUCUGGUGCGGUGAAGGAAGCAAUUGAGACAUUGAGAGGCAAUAAUGUAAAUGCCUUCGUCUUGGAUCUUCGAGACAAUAGCGGCGGUUCUUUCCCAGAAGGAAUUGAGAUUGCUAAAUUUUGGUUAGAUAAAGGAGUGAUUGUUUAUAUAUGCGAUAGCAGAGGUGUUAGAGAUAUAUAUGAUACUGAUGGAAGCAAUGCUAUAGCAACCUCUGAGCCUCUUGCUGUUCUUGUUAACAAAGGCACCGCGAGUGCCAGCGAGAUAUUAGCAGGCGCCUUGAAAGACAACAAACGUGCUCUGGUUUAUGGAGAACCAACUUAUGGAAAAGGUAAGAUACAGUCAGUGUUCCAGCUCUCUGAUGGUUCGGGCUUGGCAGUAACAGUUGCUCGAUAUGAGACACCAGCUCACACGGAUAUAGACAAAGUCGGUGUUACUCCUGAUCAUCCGUUGCCAAAGUCGUUUCCGAAAGACGAAGAGGCUUUUUGUAGAUGCCUCAAGGAUCCUACAGCUGCUUGUUAUCUCAAUCAAGGCCUGCUUUUUUCAAGAUGA